AUGACAAUUAUGGUAUAUAAAUGUACAUAUAAAGCAAUUAUACAAGGGGAAAAAAGCAAAAAAGAAAAGAAAAGAAAAGAAAACUUCUCUUUAAAGACAAUACACAUUUCAAUGGGCUUCUCAUUAGUAACCGACAACUCCUUAACUCCACUUGCGGCUGCAUUCUACAGUCAAGUCCAGGCAACUGCACAGUUGGUCCGAGUAGCGUUGGAAUUAGAAUGGACUAUCUUCUCACGUCUCAUUGGAGGUGUUAUCCUUGCCACAACUGCCUACAUUAUCUACCUUAUCAUCACCCUUCGCCACACCAGACAACCAUUGGUCAUGUGGGAGAGAUUAGCAAAACCCUUUGUGAAGCUAUUCAGACCUAGAUUAUUUGCAUUUUUACUUGGCAACGCAGAUCCAUACACACGUUCUAUUGAUAUGCGUAUCUCGACCUUUUCGCGUGGAUUCUGUACUGGUAUUAUGCGUGAUCGCCACAAGAACCGUAAUACAUUAAAGAGUAUCCACACAACAGCACUGGCCACCUUUGCUGAGACUGUCGGUGGACUUGCCUUGCUGAGUCUUAUUAACAACAAGGACCGCGCCACCCUCACAUCUUUAAAAAUCGACUACAAUAAAAGAGCACUCGGGCUAUUGACAGCUUCUUCCGAAUGUGUGCUUCCCGCUGAGAUGGAAGGCACCCACACCCUGACCACAAAGGUUGUAGUCAAGGAUCGUACACUUGAUACCGUAGCAGUAGCAACUCUUGUCUGGGAAAUAGAGACAAAAGAAGCAUAAAAACAGCAAAUAAUAAUAUCUCUUCUUCUUAUUUUUAUUUUUUGGUUAUUAAAAUCAAAUGCUUUAAAGUGAGUGAG